UGUCCUCUCUCUCUCUCUCUCUCUCUCUCUCUCUCCCCCACCAUAAAAGACCUCACACAAGCCCCAACACCACCACUUAUGGCAGCAACACAACCAUCAAACCUAGUGAAGCACAAAGCUUAAAAGGAGAAGAAACCCAAUUCUUAAUCCUCAAUAUAGGAAAGGAGCCUCCUUUCUCUAUAAUUCUCUAAAUCACUUUAUUUCAAUUCGUUUCCACACUUGGGUCUUGAUCUUCUUCACCAGUUGUUCCUUCCUCCAAAAGCAGAGCAAAGAAGAUACAGAAACAGAGAUGGAGAUUGAAUUGGUGAAUUGUGAAUGUUGCGGAUUGAAAGAGGAUUGUACCCAAGAUUACAUUAGUCAGGUGAAAGCGAAAUUUGAUGGGAAAUGGCUAUGUGGGUUGUGCUCUGAAGCUGUUAGAGAUGAGGUGAAGAGAGGGAAAAGUUCAUUUGGUGUGGAUGAAGCUUUGAAGGCUCACAUGUCUUUCUGUGGGAAGUUUAAAUUGAACCCAGCAGUCAGGGUCGCAGAUGGGAUGAGGCAGAUGCUCAGGAGGAGGUCAGGGGAUUUGUCUUCUUCUUCUUCUUCUUCUUCUUCUUCUUCUUCUUCUUCUUCUUCUUCUAAGAAGUAUAUGAGAUCGGCAAGCACAUAACAAGCAGGAGAGGAAUUCAAUUCUCACCAAACUAAUUAUAUAGAAGCUUAUAGAGCUGAAGUGGAGGAAGGGGGAGACGAGGAAGGAGGCUCUUCUGGGUUUUCUGGGUUUGAAUAAUUCUCACAGUCUUCCAUGGUUAAAUUCUCUUCUAAUCUUGUACAGAGUUUAAUGUCGAUGCAGGAUUAGUACUACUUCUUGGUUUUCUUAACA